AUGCGAUCACUACUCUUAGGCCUGUUAUUAGGCCUCUGCAGCCUCGUCUCGGCUUUGUCGGCUGUGGGGAACAAGUUGUUGGUGAUUCAAGAGGAUGAAAGCGAGAAGGACAAUUACUCGCAAUUCUUUAAGGAUUUGGAGGCACGAGGCUUCCAAAUCAGCCACCGAACACCCAAAGACUCUUCCCUCUCCCUCUUCCUCCACGGCGUACCAGCAUACUCCCACCUCCUCCUCUUCCCCCCGAAAUCCAAAGGCCUAGGACCAGAACUUACGGCCAACGUCCUCGUCGAUUUCAUCAACCAAGGCUCCAAUGUCCUCCUCGCUCUUUCCUCCGACAAGUCCAUCCCGAGCGCCGUCAGCAGUCUCCUCCUCGAACUAGACAUUUCUCUUUCGCCAGACAGGGGCAGCCUCGUGGUGGAUCACUUCAACUACGAUACCAAGAGUGCGAGUGAUAAACACGAGGUCCUCCUCCUACCCUCUCCCGAUUCCAGCAGACAAGAUGUGAAGAGCUACUUUGGAGUUCAGGGCUUGAUCGCCUUCCCACACAGCGUGGGACAAGUUCUCGGCAAUGCCUCCCCCUUCCUUGCCUCCGUCUUGAAAGCACCGGCCACAUCAUACAUUUACAACCCCAAAGAUGACAGCGGAGAUGCGCUUGAAGAUCCCUUUGCGACUGGCACGCAGAUCAACCUCGUCUCGGCCUUCCAAGCACGCAACAGCGCUCGCUUCACGGUCUUCGGCAGCGCAGAAGCACUGCAAGACACCUGGUUCACAGCGUCUGUGCAACUCCCGAAUGGUAAGAGCGAGAAGACGAGCAACCAAGAGUUCGCCAAGAAGGUUACGGGAUGGACAUUCAAAGAGCAGGGUGUUUUGAAAGCAGGCGCGAUCCGACACUGGCUGGACGAAGGCGCGCAAAAGAGCACCACAGAUUUGACCGUCCUGGAUGUCAACCCAAGCAUCUACCGCAUCAAAAACGACGUGCACUACAGCGUCGAGCUCUCCGAAUGGCAAGCUGAUCACUGGGCCCCCUUCACCCCACCCGCAGCGGACAACGUGCAACUCGAAGUCUCCAUGCUCUCCCCCUUCCACCGCCUCAACCUCGUCCCCAAGCAGCACACCGCCAACGCCACCCUCUACACCUCCGACUUCAAGCUGCCCGACCAGCAUGGCAUCUUCAACUUCUACGUCGAGUACCGCCGGCCGUUCCUGACGAAUGUGGAGGAGAAGGUGACGGUGACUGUGCGCCACUUUGCGCACGACGAGUGGCCGAGGAGUUUUGCGAUUAGCGGUGCGUGGCCGUGGAUUGGCGGGAUUUGGGUCACGAUUGCGGGGUGGGUGGCUUUUGUGGCCUUGUGGUUGUGGUGUAAGCCUGUGGAGGAGAAGAAGGUGGCGGGCAAGAGGUGA